AUGGACUCUCCUCAGCGCCCGCCGCGUCCCGCGCCGCCACCGCCCGCCCCGCGCCGCUCGCCGCCCGGGCCCCCACCCGGCUCCAGCACAGGCGACGUCCUGCAGCAGAUCAUGGCCAUCACCGACCAGAGCCUGGACGAAGCGCAGGCCAGAAAGCAUGCUCUGAAUUGCCAUCGGAUGAAGCCUGCUCUCUUCAGCGUGCUCUGUGAGAUCAAGGAAAAGACAGUGUCGAGCAUCCGUGGCAUUCAGGAAGAGGGCCCCCCUGAUGCUCAGCUCCUGAGGCUGGAUAACAUGCUGCUGGCCGAGGGCGUGUCCAGGCCCAAGAAGCAAGGGAGGGGCGCAGUAGCAGCAGCCAGCGCAGCAGCUCCAGGCGGCCGUCCCAGCGACAGGGGCCUCGAGCACUCUGGCUACAGGGCCAAGCUGUCCCAGAUCCAACAGUUGUACCACUCCGAGCUAGAGAAAUACGAACAGGCCUGCCGAGAGUUCACCAGGCACGUGACCAGCCUCCUCCAGGAGCAGAGCAGGGUCAGGCCCGUCUCGCCCAUGGAGAUAGCGCACAUGGUGGGUGCCAUCCACAGCAAGUUCAGCAGCAUCCCGAUGCAGCUGAAGCAGAGCACCUGUGAGGCUGUGAUGACCCUGCGCGCGAGGUUCCUCGAUGCCAGGCGUAAGCGGCAGAAUUUCAGCAAGCAAGCCACAGAAGUACUGAAUGAAUACUUUUAUUCCCAUUUGAGCAACCCAUACCCCAGUGAAGAAGCCAAAGAGGAGCUGGCCAGGAGGGGUGGCAUCUCGGUCUCCCAGGUUUCCAACUGGUUCGGCAACAAAAGAAUCCGGUAUAAAAAGAACAUGAGGAAGUUUCAAGAAGAGGCUACCAUCUACACAGCCAAGACGGCAGUGGACGCCACCGAAGUCAGGGGCCCAGGGCGCCAGGCCAGCUGCCCAUCGAUGUCCCACUCCAGCUCCUCUGGCCCCUUUCCGCUGACCGGCCCCAGGGACGCGCUUGUCCGCCUGCAGACGCUGGCCUGCCUGCAGCCCACGCCCCGGGGAGGUGGCCUGCUGGCCCAGGCCAGGGGCGGCUGGCCAGGGAAGCAAAUGCCAACCGCUUCACCCACUGGCAACCCCGGCAGCGUCACCUCAGACGCAUCUAAUUAA